ACCUUGAGAAACUUUGAGACUCAACCCUUCAGUGUGUGUAACACACUUCGCGCGCACUGCACUACUCCUACAGUCAGUGUAUGCGAGUGUCGAGCAGGCUCUCCCACGGUCACUCUGCGCUUAGAAGAAGGACUUUACUCACCGUCCCGUCGCAGACUCGCAUUUGUUUGUCACUAACUCGUAUUAAACUCACGUCUUAGGAAUGCCAUGGCUACUCAUAAUAACCAGGAUUACUUUCGGUCGGUCAGCAGCGAGUCCACCACAUACAUGAUGGUUCCUGCGAACGGCCGCGUUCGGGAGUCGCCUUCCAAGUUAUGGAUCGCAAUGGUCGUGAUCGUGGUGGUCGUGCUGCAGAUCGCCUCAACCACUGGGCUUUUUGUCUACUUAAACAUGUCUCUAUCGCAUGUUAAGAAUCAGGGGGUCACAGAAGAGCUGCGGUGCCUGGGUUUGCUCAACGCCCUUGAUAAAGACAGGGACAUUCCUGAAGACCUGGCUCAACUGUUCGGAGAGCCCUGCAUCAAACUAGCCGAGGGAAUCAAGGCCUAUAUCUCCAAGGUUACAGACAGCAUCAUCUCCAAACAAGCUUUACAUGAGGCGAGAGCCAUGCCGCAUGCAUAUAAUACAUCAGGGUCAAAAUAUAUGACCACCGUAACGCAACGACCAUCAGCCCACCUGACUCUCAACAGUCUCCCAGGUGGUGCUCAGUAUUCCACCCCUCAGCCGGACCUUCACCAGUCCUGCCGCCACCCAGUACGUUCCUGGGCCAAUCAGAGCUUCGGCGCCCAUCUUCACAACAUGACGCUGACCAACGGGCGCCUUCGCGUACCCCAGGACGGCCGCUACUACCUUUACUCCCAGGUGUACUUCCGCUACCCCUCUCCCACCGACGGGGAUCACAGCGUCAGCCACCAGCUAGUCCAGUGUAUCUACAAGAAAACGUCCUAUCUGCGGCCCAUUCAGCUUCUGAAAGGAGUAGGGACCAAAUGUUGGGCGCCCGAGGCCGAAUACGCCCUUCAUUCGGUGUACCAGGGCGGCCUGUUUGAGCUGCGAGCGGGCGACGAGGUUUUCGUCUCCGUCUCAUCCCCCACAAUGGUGUACGGCGAGGACUCUUCUAGCUACUUUGGAGCUUUCCGACUGGAUCUGUAAGGAAUUACGUUUCCCAGAAUGCACUGGGUGGGGCUGCACCCCAAAGAAAAAGACAAAUCAUUUCAUUGCUUAAUUUUCCUUUCUAUUGAAUAUGUGAAGGAUGUGUGAACGCGUGAAACUUCGGUUACUUCUUUUUAAAGACAGAGGAAUGUAUAUAAUGUGUAUGUAUAAUCACAUCAGAGAUGUGAAUCGUGGAAAUGGUAGCAAAAACAAACGAGAGGGAAGCAGAGAAACACGAGCAAAUAUGUGCCAACGGUGUAUAUGUUUAGCGUGAGAACUGCAGUCUCUCUCGUCGGCCGGAGGGGAAUGUUUUCUUGUACAGCAGAUUUUUAAAAAUAGAGAACGAUGACAGCGGGAAUGCGGAGGAAAGAAUGAGGAGAUGGGAAGUAUGUGGCUCUACCAGCCUCAAAUGAGCAUCCUGACAGGUUGCAGAACUCUGGAAUUCUGUCCAGUCAAACCAGUGGAGCGGCAUGCCCGCAAAAAGACUCAAAACAUGCACACAAAACACAGGAGAAUUCCCCAUCGUGCAUAUUUAACAUCUACACACAUUACCAUUUCACUCGCAUAAGAUAAAGCAGACUAUGCGCGUAUGUUUAGUCUCCGGUUAGGAUGCGAAUCACGUAACAGACGUUGUCCAAUUUUCUUUCACUUUAACAAGACACAGACACACCUGCACACACACAAACUCAGUCUCCCUCUGCUGACCGGUCAAGGGUGCAUUGUAAGAGCGAGGGAAAGGUUAAAUAAACACAACACCACGCCCACAGUCAUACAAUGCCUUGUUUUUGCAACACAGAGAUAAACACACAAGCACAGACACACCUCCUAAGUGCCCUGAAAACACAGUACAUAUGUUUUCUCUGUGGUUCAACCGGUGUAUAUAUUGUAUUUAAUUGAAUUGUGAGGUUUGGAAUUGAAUGUAUAAGCGUAGUAAUGCUGGCUUUUCUUCUUAGGUUUUACUUCAUGUAUAAAUCAAACGCUCUGAGCCUGCAAAUGUAAAUUUACAAACUGCCUUUAGAAACCGACGCCGGCUAACUGAAACCAGCACUGAGACAAAUGAUAAAAGGCCAGAUUUUCUGAGAAAACAUGUUUGUUUCUAGGAGAGGAGAGGGUGGGGUAAUCAUUUUCCACUGUCAAAAAUCGGCUUUUCUUCACUCUGGACCCCGCUUUCUCUGAUAAAAGCGGAGAGCGCUAAAGGCCGCUGCCAAAACAAUGUCUUAAAUCACAUUAUACAGAAUACAGCGUGGAUUUAUUGGUUUAGGGGCAUUUAGCUCUCAACAUAAUGUAAGUUACUUCAUUCUUCAGCGCUAUCUGUGAUUUGUUUGGUACUUGGAACUAGAUUUAAUCUGAAUGCCCUGCUAAAAAAACCUAUAGACCUUUUGCGAGUCGACGUCACAGUUACGUCACGCACGCAAUGUGGUGGCAGAAAAACAGUGGAAAUGAAUAAGACACGAGUGAAACGAACAAUAUAACUCACUAGAAAAUGUUUUGUUGUGCUGUUGAGUGUCGAGAAUAAGAGUGCCAAAAUAGAUGACCUUCAUUUUUAUAGUAUAUCGUCAUCGAAGACACCAUUUGAAGAUAAACGUAGGUGUUUAUGGUUGCAAUAAAAGCCCUCAACCGGACAGACUGGAGUGAUGAAAUCAUUUGGAAAUGUUUUAAUAAUUUGAAUAGAAACUAACUAGAGAAGAUAUUCGGUGUUCUGUCGAAGUCUGUUCCCUCUAUGUGUCUCUUAUAGCGUUUUCAUCACGUUACGUUUAUAAUUUAUUUAAAAAAGAUUAAAGAUUUGAAUGAGUUCAUAAGUUUUCAUUUUUUUUUUUCGUUUUCUAUUACUUCUUUUUACCUUAUAUCUUAGCCUAUGUCUUCCUGUUUGUUCUAAAUUAUGAUGUUUACUAAUAAAUAUAUAAACUUAGCACACACACACACACGAUGUAAAGUGUUAAUAAUAUAUAAACAGGCCUAUACAAAUUAAUUUGUAUGUACACAUAAUAGUUUUAGAACAAACACGUAAGCUAUAAAUAUAAGGAAGAAAUUGAAAACAGGAAAUGAUGAAAUAUUUAAAAAAUGAUAUUAUACAGAAUACAUGAUAGUAUUGCUCUUAUAAGUACUUCAGCGAUUCAUAUUGUAAAAAUAAUUGAUUUACCAAUAAAAAACAAUACAUAUACAUUACAUACAUGCACACAAUCAGUAGCCAAGCCAUUUAAACUUUUAAUUUAUUUAAAAAAUAAACGUAACUUGGUGAAAACGUUAUAAGAAACAUAACACUUAAGAGAAAUAUAGAGGAAACAGACUUCUACAGAACACCGGAUCCAUAAAAAUCACAGUUUAAUGCUAAAACACACCGCUAUUGAGCAGCAUUCACUUUCUGCCACCAGUUGGGCUCCGCCCACAAAAAAACGUCAUCUCUGUUUGCAAACACGCAAAAGGUCUAUAGACACAAUCACAGAAAUUCUAAUGGUUUUAUUGGGAAUUUUAUUGGUUCUAAUGGAAUAUGGACCAAAACACACUACAGUGUACUGGUUUUAAUGGUAAAAGCUAAUGGUUCCUAUUGGUAUUUUAAUGGAAACCAUUAGAAUUUUCUGUAAUGGUUUUAUUGUUUUUUCAGCAGGGUGGAAAAGGUGUGAAGUUUUCUUUUUGCAUUUUUUUUUCAGUUAAAUUUAACACUAACUUUGAACACUACAGUAUAUGUUGUUAAAUAGACUGUUAUGGCAAAAUGCCAGCAAAUUCCUUCAAACAACGUGCAAUGUUUUUCAUGUUUCCUAUAAGGGAAUGUGAUGUCGGAUACCACUAGGUUUUUCUACUCAAGUAUGGUUUUCUCUAUGUAUGUUAUGAAAGCAUCCACAAUUUCUUUUAAAGUGCUCUCAUCAACCCUUUAAAAGGAAAUGAUACCCGAAUUAAGAGUUAAAGCCAUACAUAGCCACUACAUAAUGCAGAGAUCCCAAGAGUCUCUCAAAAGACCCUGAAAAGGCUAACUCCAAAUAAUCCGAGCACUUCACACUAAGCCAGCUGAUUAGCUCAGUCAGUUCCUCCGGGCUGUCCGAGGUCCGGGUAUGCGAGUGUAUACGUGUUGAAAUACGUACGCCACAACAUGAAGGUCGUGGUGGGGUGAGGGGUUGGCAGGAAAGAGAAAUAUGGCUAAAUUCCAACGGAUCUAGAUAGAUUACAGGGGGUCUUGCCCGCUAAACCGCACCAAAGCACCAGAACGUGAACAGGGAAGAUGAAUGCAUUUAAGGUGCGUUUUCUUAAUGAAAUGCCUGAAGCGUUUGAUCUAAUGGUUUGCAUGCCCACUUUAAAUAAACUCUCUGCUGAGACUUUACAGGACUGCUGUGAAAAACUUAAGGGGGGGUUGAACAUAUCGAAAUCCAGUGAGCAACAUGAACUGUCAGUCCAAACAAAAAGACUAUUGUUUUUCCUUUUCCAGCGAGAGACAUUAUACGUAUUUUUUUUACUUGUUCACCAAUCUGUGGGUUUCUAAAAUGUUCCUUUUAAUGUUAUACACUGUUUACAAACUUCGUGCCUCCUUUUUGGUAAGAAUGUACAGACAUCUCUCACUCUCUUUUUUUAUAGUAGGUUUUUUACAGCGUCUGUGUCCACGUUUGAGGUGUCACUUCCAAAAAUUAAAGUGCCUUUUUUGAGUCAUGAA